GGCAUUUUUCAAGCACUUUUUCCCUUGACGGACUUGACAAUGAAUUUUGCUAGCCAGUUUGAACAGAUAGACCAAUCAGAUUCUUGGUUAAGUCCAUCGAGAGAAGCACCACCGAAGAUACCUCAACUAGCAAGAGUGCUUCAAAACGCAGACAUCAUAAAAGAUCAAAAUGCACAAAAUGAUUCAGAUAAUCAAGAGCUUCUACCAACUGAAUUGAAGGAUUAUUACAAAAAGCUAAGUCCAAAAAUGAAGAGAAAAUAUAAUGAGCUUUCAAAUGAAGGAAAAAUUGGUUUCUUAGAAGCGGUUAAGUUAGAACGUGAAAGAGGU